AUGGCGGAGGAAGAGGACGACGACGAGAGCUUCGGUGACUUCACUUUCGCGUCGUUUCCAAGUCAACCCUUCCCUUCAACCACAAACGACAACAAUCUCGUCUUCGUCCACGACGAUUGGGGCGACUUCGUUAACCAUUCCAGCCAGAUCACCAACGGCCUCUCAAAACCCUUCCCGGAUCCCACCACGAAACGCGUAAAUGACAACAACGGCGUCGCCGGUCAGUCUGAGGCGGCGAAAAAGCCCAUGGGAGCUAUUCCACUCUCGAUCUUCGGCGAGGAGGAGGAGGAGGAACCGACUCUUGCUAAUGUUUUCCCCAACGGCGGGGUUGUGAAAGGGGGAUCCGAUUCGAACGGGUCCGUUGGGAUCAGUGAUUUGAUUUCCAGUUUGUAUAAUCAACAGCGCCCUCAGAUGGAUUCUCAUAACGGAUCGGCUUCGUUAUCGAAUUUUGCUGCUACCAACCCGGGGAACUCGAAGGGAAGCAAAUUUAAUUCGAAUGAGGAUGAGGAGGAUGAGGAUGGGUGGGAAUUCAAGUCUGCGGAAUGGGAAACUGGAACCAAGAACCAGGAUGUUAAGGCUGAAGUGCAAAAACUUGAUAAUGGUGCUCUUAAUGUUGGUACUUUGUUGGAUUCGUCCAAUGGGAUUUCGGACAAAGCUGGCGGAUGGCACCUGAAUUUUGAGUUCAGUCCACAUUCUGCUGCGCAAAAUCAUAUUAACACACAACCAGGUCUGAAUAGUGGAUCAAAAGAUGUUGGAACUGGGUUUUCCAUGUUCAACCAAAGUUUUGGGGAGUUGAAUUCAGGGUCAGGAUCAAAUCAAAACUCGAAAGCACCGGAGAAGGCUGACAUUUAUCCCACCAAUGUGGAAUUACUCAAAUUUGAAGGUACAAAUGGUUCAUCUCUUGCAUCAGCAUCUCAUCAAUCUGAUGAAUGGAAUUUCGGAUUUAAUUUCAAUUCUAGUUCUGUGGGUGAAGACAAUCAUAAUUCAGAGUCACAUUUCAAAAGAAUUGAAACCAAAGACAAUCAGGCGGAUAACAACGUAAACAAUGCUUCUCCAGCUAAUAUAAAUGUUGAUUCAGAUGUCAACUUGUUUGAAUCAGAUGGUGCUGUUACAAAACAUGAGGUACUUAAUCAUUACUUAGGCUCAGAGAAUCGAAGGGAAGCCUUGCCUCUGUCAAUUUUUUGUGAUGAGACACCAGAUACGGAUGAACAACCCGUACCUCAAGAUCUAUCUGACCAUGCAGAAACAUCCCCAAUAAAGAACAGCUUUAAUAUCCCUGCAUCCAACUUAUCUAUCAAUGACUUAUGGAAUUUAUAUAAUCAAGCUGAAAACCAAACUUCUUCUGCAAAUGUGACUCCAAAAGAAAGUGAAAAUCAGAUCCAUGCCUCACCUGCAGUAUCAGGCUCCAGUUUGGUUAUCGGUAAUGAUGGUUUGGAUGAUAACUUCUGGGACUUCAAGGAUGCUUCCACUGGAACAAGAUUUGCCCAUGAAUCUCCACAGGAAACUUAUUUUAGUCAUGCAUCACAAAUCAAUGAAAAUGGCUUGCAUUCUUCUUCAACUGUUUUAAAUCCUGAUUUGGCCAGUGGUGAUAAUGAUUUUGAUGAUGAUUCAUGGGAAUUUAAGGAUGCCAUCUGUGCAACAAAAAGUCAAGAUCACGCAUCUACCCUAGAUCACACAGAUCUACCACGGACCCAGUUAUCAACGAAAUUAGAGCAGAUUGAUCAUGCAGAGUUUUAUAGCAAAUUGAAGGAUGAAUUGUGCAAUCAUGUUCUGUUACAUCUUCAUAAUCUCAAGAAAACUCAAAAUGCUGCUACUCUUUCGGGUGAAGAUGCUAAAGUAAAAGCUCUGCAGGAAGAAAUUCAGGUGAAUAGGUUUCUCUCCAUGGGGAAAUGGGAGAAUCCGGUGAUAGGUAUUGGAUUUGGCACAAAGCUAAACCCCAGAUAUGUGACUUGUGACUUCUCCGAGAUACUGCAUCAGGAUAAUAUGAGCAUCCCUACUGAAUAUAUCUCUGGGGAUUAUUUCCCAACAAAUGUCUCCUUUAAUGAACUUCUUGAAGUUUUGAAGGAACCUAAUUUCCAACCUUUUGAUUCAGAAUACCGGCUAUCAUCAAGGUUUUUGAGGGCUGAGAAGGAUAUUAAAUCUGCUAUAGAACUUUUGAAAGAGACAGUAUCAACAUUAAGGAUUCUCAAGCUGGGAUCAACAGAAGAACGAUCAAAUUAUCUUACCAUGUGGUCCAAAAUAGCCUUUGCUUGUUCUCAAGAACUGAAACAUGGUGCUUAUUUUUGGAGGCAAGCUGUACUACAGAAUGUCCAUGACCAAAUAUUAUCAAACCAAAAAGGUGUUCAAUAUAUCAUUGCACUUGGGGAAAUUUAUAGAGUUGCAGAAAUUAUUGGAGCUUCAACCAAACUUCACAAACCUUGGAUGUUAUCAGGUUCCACAGAUCAUAAAAGUUUAUGUUCCCUUUUGAACGAGUGUAAUAGCAUAUGGUUGGCUUCAGGACUUGAAGAAGCACUUUUGAGUAUAUCAAAUCAAAAUAAUUUUGAGCCAGAGGACAUUUCAAGGGCAUUAGUUGAAUCAAUCAAGUAUAUUCAUGAGCUUGAUGAACAUGCACUUCGAAGCUAUGUUAUCUCUGGAGAACAAACUACUUGUCAGUUGUCAGCCUUGCCAGCUGGUUGCAUACCAGGGUUGAAUUUGGUGACAUGGAACGGGAAGCAUUACAUCGUCAAGCUUGCAAACUUGUGGGCCAACCUAAUAAGUUCAGAUUCACCCAAGACGUGA